CUGGCCCACGAGCAUAAAUAAAUUUCCCAUCCGCGUCUGAUAGAAUAUCGUCAGAAGGAAGAUUGGUGUCAAUAUUAUGCAAGAAGACCUUUAGAGCCAGCAGGUGGAAUUGUAUGUGAACGUAAGGUUUUCAAUAGAAAAAGCAAAUGGAAGACAAUGGGUGCUGUACAGUUGAAGAGAAAUGCGAGGCUGAGCUUGCAAAGUGAAGUUGAGAACUUCCAGUGCUUGAAAUGAAAAAAAAAAGGGGGGGGGGCUGAUAUUCAAAUAUUUUAGUUUUAAUGAAGUGUUACUUAAAACACAUUCUCCAGUAUUUUAAUUAUUUCUGGAAUAUACACUGAAGGUGCAUUGCGUUAAUAAAAAUUAUGGAACAUUUUAAAAACAAUUAAAAUAUUUUAAAGUGGAAAAAAUAAAGAAGUGAAAAAUAUUUACUCACCGAAAGUUCGUGGACUUGAGUUAUUGUAGGCAGGAUGUGAUAUAGUGGACAAAAAAUAAUACAGAAAAUGUUCCUGAAUUGGUGUAGUGUGAUCAUAAGCAAAAGAAAGAGCAGAGAAGGUAAAUCGAAACAGGUUCAAUGUGAAGAUAAGUACAACAGCAAGCAAACAGAGAUAUUCAGAAAAAACAAAAAAGUUAAUUAAAAAGGCAGAAAAUACGAGAGUAGAAAAAGAACGACUGACGUGUUUGGGUCUGGCUUAUGGUGAGAGUGAAGACUUUAUUCUGGUCUCUUGCUGGUUUUUCCUGCCAACCCAGUCUGUUGCAGACUGAGGAUCAAAAUGCUUUACCUGAGGCCUGAGAUGGUCAUCAGGGCUAACAAGAUUUUGGUGUAUCUGCAUUGUUGUAGGCUCAUUUCCUUGUGCGACUAUCAUGGAUAUUUAUCAUAUUGAUGUACUGAAAGAAGGGUAUUCUUAUUUGAGUGAAGACAAACAAUCUCUGGUAGCAAAUGGCACUUCAACACUUGUGAAAAGUCCUGGAGUCAAUGUACUGGUGGACACAUUGAGUGCAUGGGAUAGCCACAUUCUUAUUGAAGGCCUGAAAAGAAAUGGAUUGACAUGUGAUAAGAUAAAUUAUGUUGUGUGUACGCAUGGCCACUCUGACCAUAUUGGGAACCUCAAUCUCUUUCAAAGAGCAACACAAAUUGUGGGUAUGAGUAUUUCAUCUGGGGAUGUUUAUCAGAUUCAUCCUUUUGAAAAGGGCAUACCAUACCAAAUAGCUAAUAAUCUUGAAGUAAUUCCAACCCCAGGACAUACCUUGUCAGAUGUAAGUGUAAUGGUCAAAUCAACACACCUUGGAACAGUUGUUAUAGCAGGGGAUUUAUUUGAACGUGAGGAAGACAUCAAGGACCCAAGUUUGUGGAAAGAGAUUGCUGGGAGUGAAAAUCCUAAACUUCAGCUGCAGUCCCGAGAACAUAUUUUGGAUAUAGCCGAUUACAUUAUUCCUGGACAUGGACCAAUGUUCAAGGUGACUCAUGAACUUAAAGAAACACAUUCUACUAUAGUGAAAGCAGAGCUAGGAGCCAUUUCUAAAAGUUGACUUAUAAUAUGUGUUUGUGUUAUUUUUCAACAAGUAACUAACAGUUUAGCUGAAAACAAAAAAGUAUCCAGCGUGUCAUGUAGAAUAAUUAAUCGUGGCCAUCAGAAACAACAGGAAGUAUUUAGGCAUACAAUAUAUUUAAGUUUCAUUCUUGUUGCUUAAAAAUAACCAUUAUGCUUCCCACAAAAUUUGUAAGCAACGUUUUUAGAAUUGUUUAUUUUGUAAAUUAUUAACUUAAAUAUGUUAAAAAAAGGACAGUGAUCAGUUGCUUGACCAAAUGGUUUCCAUAAAACAUUUAAACAUGUUUUCUAAAUCAUGAUUUUUAUAGCAUAUAUUUAUGAAGUAAUCUUAAACUAUUCUACACACACACACACAAAUUUAAUGCCAAAAUAAAGACAUGGUCUUUCAUGAAGAGAACAAGAUUUAAUGAUCGUAAUAAACUGUAGGGUUGGAAGUUGUAUUGCAUUUUGCUAUGCACAUUGAUCAAAUGCUCCUCAAUUCUCCUGAUACAUAGCAUUAACUGCAAUACACCAUUUCGUAUAAUACAUUAUUUCUCCCAUCGUAAAAUUAGCAAAAACUUUUGUGUUUUUGUUUGAUCAGGACUUCUGCAUCAGUUGGUGGAUCGAAUACUUACUCAAAUCAGUACAGUCAAUAGAAGAGUACUAAUAAUUUGUAUUACUAAUGCUUGCAACCAGUGUAAAUAAAAAUGACAGUGGUAGCUAAAAAAGUUUUUCAUGUUUUGCUUCCUGUAAAAACAUGACAAAAAAAUUGAUCUUUAUCCAAAUUAACCCUAUAACUAUUGUGGAGACAUACAUUUCUCUACUGUUCAUCAUAUUACUUUGACAAAAGAAAAGUUUUUGUUUAUUCUCUACAGCUCUUGUAUACUCUUACAAUACUCAAUAAAAUAUCUUGAACAUGUAAAUUUUAACUGUUACCUUUGUGUGAAGAGCUCAGGCAUGCUUUUGUGGCACAAAUAAUUUAUUUUUGGUGUGUUUACUACUGAUAAGUUGUCUGUAUGCAUGUGUGUGUAUAUAUAUACACACACACACACACACACACACAUUGUAACUGAAUCAUUUUAAGUUUCACUUAUGAAAGUGGAGAGCUACACAAGUUACCUUAACUUUUGCUUAUUUACCACAAGUUUUUGUCAUUGUGAAUAAAUUAUUUAUGCACACACUGACUGUCCUAUGUAUUUUAAGAUCAAAAUUUAAUAUGCUCCAAUACAUCCUUCUCACAGAGAUUUUUAGUUGAUACUUUAAGUGUAUCUCUCUGAAGUAUAUAUAUGUAGUAGUUUAUAUCCCCUUCCUCUGCUAUGAAUAUCAUUCUCUCUUGAGAUCUACUGUAUUCUGAGGUGAAUGGGUGGAGACAUGUUGCAGAUGUUGACCUUUCUAACUAAAUUAGUAUUUGCCGAAAAAAAUUUGCAUCAUUCAAAACUACUUCACAUUUAACUGAUUAGACAGUCUUCAGUUUUUCUUGAAUUUUACAAUACAUAGAUUUACAGGGAUAGAAAUA